CUGGUAAUCACUAAUCUUACAGUAAGCUUAUGGUCCGUGCUUUUUUAGAUUUCAGAUGAACAAAAUGAGAGCAAAUUUCACACAUCGUGAAACUCCCCCAGACAUUUAAGAUUGCACCAGUCUUAGCCUGUCCAUUCAUUAAGGUGUCGGCUCCUUUUUUUUUUUCUGAUACAUUUAUUUAUCCUUCCCUUUAUUUAGCGGGUCUCUUGUCAUUUUUGCCCUUGUUACUUUGAUCUCAUUAUUGUAAACCGCACUAUCAUAUGUUCAAGAUGUUCGCCAACCGUGCAACAUCAGCGGCUGGUGCUACUGCCCGAACGGCUCUAAAAGCCCGCAGCUUUGCAACUGCUUCGCCUGUGGGCUCUACCACUCGCAGCCACAAGGUUGUCGUUGUGGGUGGCGGCUCUGCUGGCCUGACUAUCAGUCACCAGCUCCUUCGCUCUGGCAAGUUUGCCAAAGAUGACAUUGCUAUCGUCGACCCCUCCAAAUGGCAUAACUACCAGCCCGGCUGGACGCUGGUCGGAGGUGGCCUCAAGACCAAGGAGGAGCUGCGAAGACCCCUUGACAGCCUGGUUGACCCCAAGCUUAAGUUCUAUAACGAUAGCGUGAGCCAGUUUACGCCCGAAGAAAACAUUGUCAAGCUAGGCAACGGCGAGCAGGUCAGCUACGAGCAGCUUGUCGUGGCCCCCGGAAUCACCCUCAACAUUGAUAGCAUCAAGGGACUCCCUGAGGCUCUUGCUAACCCGGACGCCCUUGUUGCUUCCAUCUAUAGCUAUGACACCUGCGACAGGGUCUUCGAAAAUGUUAAGAAAUUCCAAAAGGGUGACGCCCUGUUCACCCAACCUACUGGUGUGAUCAAGUGUGCUGGUGCUCCUCAGAAGAUCAUGUGGCUCGCGCUGGACCACUGGAAGCGAGCAGGCCUUUACAAUCCUAGCAACCCUUCCAGUGGAUCGAUUCAGAUCAGCUUUGCCACGGGUCUACCUGGCAUGUUUGGUGUGCCCAAGUACAGCAAGACACUCGAGGAGCUACGAAAGGAGAGGGGUGUUGAAGGUCUGUUCCAGCACGAUCUCGUUGCCAUUGAGGGCAACACCGCCGUUUUUGCUCGCCCGGACGGACAGGAGCAGGUCAAGAAGCACUUUGACUUCCUGCAUGUCACGCCCAAGAUGGGACCCCAUGCGUUUGUCAAGAACAGUCCCCUGGCGGAUGCUGCUGGUUUCGUUGCAGUGGACCAGGCCACCACUCGCCACACGAAGUACUCGAACGUCUGGUCUGCUGGCGAUGCCUCCAGCCUUCCUACUUCCAAGACGGCAGCCGCCAUCACUUCUGAGGCGCCGGUUCUCGUUCGCAAUCUGCUGCAAACCAUGGAGGGCAAGGAGCUUGACGCAGCGUACGAUGGUUACACCUCAUGCCCGCUUCUUACCGAGUACGGCAAGGUCCUCCUUGCUGAGUUCAAGUACGGCGGAGAGCCCAAGGAGACCUUUGGCAAGAUGUUCGGAAUUGACCAGGCCGUUCCUCGUCGCGCCUUCUACCAUCUGAAGAAGGACUUCUUCCCGUGGGUGUACUAUCAGGCUAUGGUUAAGGGUACCUGGGGUGGUCCCAAGGGCUGGCUCAACUAAAACAAAAUUUCAACCGCUUGUAUUUUAGAGGCAAUAAAAUAAUAGAAUCAUAAGGG